ACAUAUGAUACGUAUACCAUUGGUUAUUCAGUAAAAGUUGUGAGCUGUCAUGUGGUGCUGUACUUUCCAAUCUGUUUGAUUUAAAAUUCCCAUACUUAACGUGGAAAUUUACGUUGAGGUUUAGCUGUGAUAGUAGGUAUUUGAUUUGUAUAAAUUGAGGAUGCAAUGCCAGCGCGUAGACGACGAGGUGGCUCCGAGCACGAAAAUGAUCCUAUGAUCACAACCUCGAAAAGCGAAUUCCAAAGUGGUGAUUCUGCACGACAAUAUUACAAUGAUGGAAUUGGAUCUCAUCAAUUAGAAAUUGAUAAUAAACAUCACGAAGCUAAUUUAGUGACAAUGACUUCACGAGACAGGACCAAAGAGUUUGCAAAUGCCAUCCGCACAAUGCAGGUGAGAACGGUAGCAAGAGCUGCUGUUAUGAGGGAUCCUCGACAGGCUCGUCAAAUACAGAGCUACUCCAGUUUUAUGAUGAUUGCUAGGAACAUUGGAAAAAAUAUAGCUAGCACUUACACUAAACUGGAAAAACUUGCAUUAUUGGCAAAAAAGAAAUCACUAUUUGAUGACAGACCUUCAGAAAUACAAGAGCUUACUUAUAUUAUAAAAGGAGAUUUGAACAGUUUAAAUCAGCAAAUAGCAAAAUUACAAGAACUUGGCAGACAACAACGAGAAAAUCUCGGUGCAACACGUGGUCAUCACCUUGCGUCGCAUUCUUCCUCAGUAGUUGUUGCUCUGCAAUCUAAAUUAGCUAACAUGUCCAACCAUUUUAAAAAUGUUCUUGAAGUACGGACAGAAAAUUUAAAACAACAGCAAUGCCGGCGUGAGCAAUUUACACAAGGGCCUGUUUCGGCAUCACUACCACCUAGUGCAGUAGCAGGGCGGCAAGGUUCGUUACUACUUCAAGAACAAUCCGAUUCUUCUUCCGUAAGCAUAGAUCUAGAGCCUGCAAUGGGACAGCAAAUGGCUCAGCGUCAAGCAAUCCUAUAUGAUGAAACAGACACAUAUGUACAGUCCAGAGCAGAUACAAUGCAGAACAUAGAGUCCACUAUAGUUGAACUUGGAGGAAUCUUUCAACAAUUGGCACACAUGGUUAAAGAACAGGAAGAAAUGGUUGAAAGGAUAGACAGUAACAUUGAGGAUACUGAAUUGAAUGUGGAAGCUGCUCAUGGUGAAAUUCUAAAAUACUUUCAGUCUGUGACAAACAACCGAUGGCUGAUGAUAAAAAUUUUUGCUGUUCUUAUAUUUUUCUUCAUAUUCUUCGUGGUAUUCCUAGCGUAGGGUAUGAUGCAUCAGAACAAUAUAUUGUUACAUAUUAUUUUAUGAACUAUCUGUAUCAUGGACAGAUGGAAUAGGUGUAUGUCAAGCCCAACCAUUGCGGAAAAAUUUUCUUUUUAUUGAAUUUAUUUCAAACUUACCUAAUUUUGUAUCAUAGGCUGUUGUUGAGAUUAUUUUCAUAACAAUUCCCUUCUCUGGCGAAAUCUAUCAACUUUGAAGAUAUUAACAGUUGUAAAGAAGUAUUCAUGUAUAUUUUCAAACUGCAUUAUACGUAUUGAUAAUCAGGUCGAUAUUUCUUCACUAAUCACAUUAUAUAAUCCUGUAAAUCAUAAUUAGCAUACAAUUACGAUAGUAUAUGUAUGUAUAUUUUAAAUGUGUCAAGACACUAAUUUAUUGGUGGUACCUGGGUGAUAGUUGUGGUAGCUCCGCAUUCUAUUGAAGCAGCUACAAAGAAAUUGAUCAUUUUUCCCCCAGUCACUAAGUUGCCAUUUCGUUUCUGUCAGCUUUCAUUAUAUCUGAUCAUGAUAUUGUGAUUUAUGCUAAUCAUGAGACAGGUCAAUUAUGUAUAAAGGUGUAUGUCAGCAGAAGUUGUUGAUAAAAUAAAGUUACAUUUUAACGUUAUGGAAAAUUAGAAAAAAAAAAAACAAUUUUUCGACAUUCCACAAUGCUAUUAUAAUUCUACCGUUGAGCGUAGAAAAUCUCUUCUCGACAAUUCAACUCAAUGGUCUUUUUAUGAUGAAAAACGGGAAACUCGCUAUAAAGAUUUCCCAACAGACAAAACAGUCUUAAUCAAAAUUAAAGUGGCAGAUAUAUUAUUAUAGACCAGGUCUGAUUUUUUAAUAGAUCAAUAACAGUAGAUGAGUUCAACUUAUACUUGUAAAUUUGUAAAAUGAUAAUCAAAAAAAUGCAUUCAAUAAAUGAUCGUUUUUAUGAUUGUA